AUGUCAGAUAAAAAGCAAAAUGAUGGUAAUAAAGAGAAGAAACGUAAAGAAAGUAUUCUUGAUCUUUCGAAAUACUUGGAGAAACAUAUUCGAGUAAAGUUUGCUGGAGGAAGAGAAGCAAGCGGUAUUCUCAAAGGUUUUGAUCCUUUAUUAAAUUUAGUAUUGGAUAGUACAACAGAAUAUUUAAGAGAUCCAGAUGAACCAUACAAGUUUUCUGAAGACACGAGAAAUCUCGGAUUAGUUGUGUGCAGAGGCACAAGCGUUGUCCUUAUAUGUCCACAAGAUGGAAUGGAGAGUAUUCAAAAUCCUUUCAUUACUCAAGAUGCAUAAACAUGCAAAAAACGAUUUUUCUCUCUUUAAAGUGUAAAAUUAAAAAACAAAAACAUUCUUUUAUUGAUAUCAAUCGC